UUACAAUAUUUAUUAAAGAACUUUCACAACUUUUACACGCACAACCACAAGGCCAUCGGCUUUGAUUAAACAGUCCAAGAUUUAGGGCAGAUGCCCUUUUCAUCAUUGACUAUUGAAAGGACACCCUUUUCAAUCAACUUGCUUCCCUUAAUUAUAUGUAAGCCAAUCCCCACCUCUUUUUGAAAAGAAAAAAAAAUCCCUUGCUCUUAUCCUUCUCAAGUCUCAACUCACCCUACAAUAUUGCUCUCUUCUCCUCUUUAACGUUAUAGAAAUACUAUCCCCUCUCUCUCUCUCUCUCUCUCUCUCUCUCUCUCAACUGUACUAUCAAGAUCUCCAAAUGAACCAAAACUUGUUGUUAAUACCCUUCUAUCCAUUCAUUAAUCUCUUUAUCAUCACUUUCCUUCUCCUCGCCAUAAAGGCCACAAGUGCAUAUGUAGAUCCUCAGUACUUGACUUGCAGCAUCAACAAAACAUGUGGCGAUGGCCAAAUUAUAUCCUUCCCAUUCUAUAUUCAAGACCAGCAAGAAUCUUUCUGUGGUUACCCUGGAUUCGAUCUCGUUUGUCAUGAUCGCAGUCCAGUUCUCAGACUACGAGAUGAUAAUUAUAUUAUCCACAAAAUCGACUACAAAAACCAGAUUAUUCGCGUCUCAAACGCCGCGUUUUUCCAUACAAACACCGCUUGUGUUUCUCAUCGAUUCAAAAGCACAUCACUACCUGAUGACCGGUUCAAUCUAUUUCCAAAUCAGACAGAACUGUUCUUGCUUUCUCGUUGCAACUCAACCCUGCUAGGAGGUAGUAAUAGUGAACUUCAAAAGUACAAGGUUAAUUCUUCUGUCGAAACUGAAGCUGGUCCAAUUUUAUCAAUGUUUGAUGGCGAUCCUCUACUGGGUAGUGCACCAGAGGUCUGUGAAAAAGAAUUGGUGGUUCCUGUGGAUUCGCAAAGAGGAGAGAAUGAAGGAAUUGAAAGGAUGCUAGAAAGAGGCUUCGUGUUGAAUUGGACAGCAAGUAAUUGCAGCAUAUGCGAAAGUAGUGGAGGUAAAUGUGGGUUUAAUAGCAGCACCUACCAUUUUAGGUGUUUCUGCCUGUAG